AGAUAAUCCGAAAUCUUCUUUGAAAGCGGCACAAAGAUCACUGGAUUCAAAAAGUUUGAAGAGUUUGUGAAAAACGGCAAAAUUCUCCACUGUAAUCCAAUCUGUGUUUGAUAGCGUCAUGCUUUGGUGUUUCCUGUUGAUCGGUUGCUUUUUCUUGAUGUUUCAAAGAGGCUUGGCUCAGGGAAGUUCAUCGAAUACUGAUCCGGGUGGGGGGAAAACUCCUCCAUUAGAAAUCGUGGUAAAGCUAGGAUCGGACGCGAUUUUACCGUGCGAUGCUGUAGACGCAGAUCGAUCGCCGGACCUCUUAGAAUGGCGAAAGAACGGAUCGAAAAGUCCAAUUUUUAUGAAGUUCAUGAGCUUCAAACCUCACAUUGAUUCGCGCUAUUCUCGCCGUGUUCACAUGAUCAAUACUUCUGCAAUUUUGCUUUCGGGAGCAAAGGAUACUGAUGCGGGAAUAUACCGGUGUAGAACGAUGCAAUCUGGAUCUGAAAGUACGAUCAUAACUCAUGGAAGAUGGGUCGUUCUCAAAGUCAUUGGGAAAGUUGGUUUACCAUCUCGUCGAAAAACAGUGGUUGAAAAAUAUCCAGCGGUCCUUGACUGUCUCACUGAUACAAACCUGCCGAGUGAAAACGUCAUAUACAGUUGGACUAAAGAUGGUGCGGAUGCUGCAUCAGACACACGGGCCACAGUGAUUGCUUCCGGAGCCUUGUUUAUCAAAUCAACCCGCAAAACCGAUUCCGGUGUGUACCAGUGCACUGCAAAAACAUUUGACUCAAGUGGCCUGGUUACCUACCCUGGGGCCAAAAUACUCUUGGAUGUUCAAUAUACCCCUACGGUUGUCGAAAUGCAGGACACCGUGGCAGUACCCGAGGGCUCUGAUGCCCGGUUGCCGUGUAUCUCCGUUGGAAACCCGAGCACUUCUUUUACAAACUGGACGCGACUCGGUGAAGACCUGCGAUCACGUUCAAGGUUUGCUGUGCUGGAAAAGGGUUCGUUACUGAUACAAGAUGUUCGACGCACAGACGCGGGGGAAUACGCUUGCACUCCCUAUAACAAAGUGGGGCCAGGAGAAACAAAAAUAACAAGGCUUGUCCUAAAAGUUGUUCCAAAGUUUAUAGUUGCACCUCCAAGUAUCAUGACGCUCAGAGUGGAUGAUGACGUCACACUGGUCUGUGAAGCUACUUCUGAUUCUACUCCCACGUUAAAGUGGGAACGCGAAGGAGAACCUUUCCCAGAAGGCCGUACGGUCAGACAGGGGGGCAAGCUAGAGAUAAAAGGCGUCCAGAAAGAUGAUUAUGGGGUGUACACGUGUAUUGCUACAUCAGCUGAUGGACAGGCUAAACAUUCCACAACUAUAGCCGUCAUUUCCACUCCCAGCAAACCCACGAUAAUAAGCGUUCAGUUCAACGACGCGACGGCCAUGAUAACAUGGCGGCCUGGGUACGAUGGUGGAUAUCCCCAAAGGCUGGAAGUCUGGCACCGACUUACCACUGAUAAUGAUUAUGAAUGGCUCAAGUCACCUACUUUACCAGCUAGCGUGACGUCAUACCAGAUCUCAGACCUCCAGCCGGAGCACCCUUACUUAUUCAGCAUCAGAGGAAUCAACCGAGAAGGGGCUGGGCACUUCAGUGAUAUUGUGGAAGCCAAAGGCGUUCCUCCAGUCAUAAAUCGAACGCCUGACAAACCAGGGAAACCUUUAGCUCCUCAGAAUGUUGUUGUUAACAUCACUAAGGAUGGAUACUGGGUCAUAUGGUCCUACUCAGCUGUACCUGGUCGGCCGAUUGUGGAGAAGUUUGUCGUGGAGUACAGUGAAGGAAAUGGAUCAUCCUCUUGGCGUAUGGCAGAUGCUGCUGUCCCAGCGGAUCGCAGAAAGUACUUGUUCAACGCAGAAAAAAUAGAAGCUGGAAAGAGCUACGACUUCCGUGUUUUUGCAUUUGGUGCGAACGAGUUUAGUGAGGCUGCUUAUGUGUCCAAGACUUAUAAACUUGGUUCUCCAGUCAUCGGCAAACGUUCCAGUGACGAUGACGUUGUUCCCAUCGUAGCUGGAGUCCUUGGAGCCAUCGUUGGUCUUUUCCUUCUCGGCUUAGUUUGUUUCUGCUUCAUUCACAGGAAGAAAUCCAGAAAACACCACAUAAAUAAAUCCGGGGACAAGAAAGUUCAUUUCAUUCUUCCAAACAGCACAAGUGAAGCUUUUGAACCCGAAGAUUCCGAGGACGACUUCCUUGACGCUGAAAUUAAGUUGCGUCCCGAAACUGUCCGAUUUAUUCCCGAUGAUAACGAAGGAAGAGACGACGAUAAAUAUGCAAAGAUGAAACGAGAAGAAGACCUGAUCUUAUCGGGUCAUGACGGUCGGUACAGCGGAGACAUGUUACGUUAUGCCAAGCUAGUAAUGAGCGCAUCACCGCCUCAAUCACCAACAGCUUCUGAGGAUUCGGAGAAAGUUCAUUACUUUGGUGACUUGGAGACUCGGGACGGCCAGUCAGGCUGGUAUGACUGUACCUUAGCAAAGCCCGCAUCCCGCGAGGUACGGGAUUCGUACGAUCAAUUCUGUAGGCAGCCCGACAUAGGAUCGCGGGAUUCUAUUCAAAUAUCUCCUCCCGGAUUUGGACGAAAGGCUUCAUAUGAACAGUUAGGAUCUAAGGCUCACGCUAGGCAGAAAUUUGGUUCUAACAGCAGUUUACCAGAGAAGAAGUUAGAAGUUAGCAUGCUCCGUAACCCGCGGUUUCAACCCAUACAAGAAGAAAUCCCGCGGGGCGGGGAUAUCCCUCGAGGUGGCGCACCACUUGGGAGAAGACAGCCCCAUCAUUGGUCGACUCCAGCAGUUUUCACCAGAAGACAAGAUUCAAACAACAACAGCGAUGGAAAGGGUUCGGAUUCUGACUCGGGAGAUUCCGUGGUACGAGGAAGAAAAGGGAGACGACACAGACCUCAUUCGUUAUACGAAGGAAAGCUUCGGCCGAUUUCGGAACAGGAUUCUGAUUCAAAGCUCCGGUGCACGUGUGAUGAAGAGGACGAAUCGGAUGAGGGGCUGAAGUAUCCAAAGCAGAAAGGACGAGAGGUCAAUAGCACGUCAUCACUGGGAAGGAAACUCACUGAGCAUGAGUCAUCUUACCUUCAUUUAGAAAGGUCUGACUCUCAGAGACUUUCCUUUACUGAUCAGUUAAAAGGUUGGGGGGAAUCUUUAUUUGCUGGCGAACCUUACGACAAACACUCAAAGAAGGACAGACCCUCAGCAGCUCCAAUCUAUACGGACUCGGAAAAUAGCGUGUCUCCGGCAAUUUCUUUGGUGUCACUGUCGGAGACUGAAAGUGACCGUGAAAUCGGCCAGAAGCUUUACGAAAGUCAGCCGAGUGGUGCAGCCAACAACCGUCAAUCUGACGUAGUUGCACUUCCACGCGCGGUAGCAAAUCUAAAAUCAGUUGAUUCGGAGUCGUCUUCCGAUGAACGUGGGAAUUCAGGAAGUCGCGAUAGAUCAAAGAAACCUUCGCCGCCUGUUUAUAAGGAGAAGAAGCCUCCCUCUGUUACAGAUUUAAACAUAAAUCCCAUUGAGCCAGCAAAUUCAAUGGACCAGCUUAAAUUGUGUGAUCCUUUCUUCCAGGAAAGACACAGAGUUUCUAGAUCUUCUUCAAACGCGUCAAGUGGGAUUUGCUCAGUGAUUGUAUCAUCCAGCGAAACAAACAGCAUUGAAUCACCCAGAGAUACUUCAAAACGAUCAUCCCGCUCAAGCGACCGAACUUCCACAGACCGAGCGUCGAGUGGUUACGCGUCUUCUCGGGAUAGUUACGACAAUCCUGAUCGGAUAAGACCUGAGGAUUACUCAAAAGCGCACGCGCAAAGGCGUUUGAGAGGUAAGCGGCUUUCUCCACAUGGAGAUCCAUAUGAGUUGGAUCCUUCAUCGAGUGAAAUGGAGGAGUUAGAUACGGAAGGAGCAUCAUAUGAUCCAAAAGUCUACGAAGAUCUUAUGAUGUUACAGCAAGAGAUGGGUGUUAACUUGGACGGCAGUGAUUCCAGUAGAGAAAGCCUCAAAGAGAUGGAAAAACUGUCCAAUACAGAACUUCUGAAUUAUUCUCCUGAACUGUCUCCAAAGAAAUACAAAGUUGAUCAGUUGAGUGACGCAGAGAAAGAUCAGCGGUGUUCCAAGCUAAUGGAGGAGUAUAAGACCAACAAGAAACUGCAAAAUGUUAGGGCCAGCGGCAGUCAUGUGUAUCGAUCGUGGGAUCUGUAACGGAACUGGAGGAUUGAAAUUCCUGACUGAGUUCAUACUACGCCUCUCCGAAAAAAAGAGCGUGAUGAGAUCUUGGUGUCUGGAUGACGUUUCGCGUGCCAGGUGAGGGUUUAUCUCGAGUUUGGAGGCACGCGCCCAGAUUUGUUUUUACCACGACUCGAGCAAAGUCGUGGGCAGCUUAUCCAGAUGCUCUCCCGGCGACCUUUGCAAGAUUCAGAUCCAAUCCCGGUGACCUUUGCAAGAUUCAGAUCCAAUGCCGGCGACGUUUGCAAGAUACAGCGGAAUGAUGGGGUAAAUUUUAAUAAAGCUCCCGCUAAAACGCAGUUAUGCUCUGAAAAUUUUUAAAAGUUGAUGUUCGGGUGAAUUCCUAACUCCAAUCUUUAUUUAUUGCGAAGUUUGAAGCAAUUGUUUAAUAGUCUGUUUGGAUAUACUUAACAGGCCAUUUAAGUCGUAUUUUCUUUUAGUAUGUUUCAGAGUAAGCAUGUGAUCCAUUAUCGGCUAGAUUUUUUCAGUAUCGAAAUCUUUUCCUCAUGGAAAUCUUUCGCGUCUGGCUCCACUGAUGUAUGUAACUGCAAAAGCAAGUGUUCAUUCCAUACAUUGUACAGAAAAAUAAUCGAAUAAUUUCGAGCUUACAAGAGUUGUCGACUUUCAAUGAUUGUGUAAAACUUUGGUAAACAACUUUUUGGAUAAUUUGUGUGAAGUUUAUAUACAUUAACAGUUCUGUUAUUCUUGCUGAGUUAUUUUAUGCUAAAGUGCUUAAAGCAAUUUUUUUUACCAAGCAGAAGUCAUUUCGCUGAACCGGACAUGAUAUUCAUUUGUUUAAGUUUGGUUGUUGAGUAAUUGUCCACAGAUGAUCAAGGUUGAUUUUUAAAACAAUGGAAAUUCAAGUCAUUAAGGUAUCAAAUGAACAAAGAUGAUACGCUGAUAAUCAGUGUAAGAUAGUAACAGUGGCUUUAACAUUUAUAAACAGUUUAUGUAAAUAGUAAGAGAAACAAUUUGCUAGUUUUAUAUGCUAAGUGAAGAUUUUAAGAUUUAAAUUAUAUUGUUCCAGUUUUUUAAAGGGAAGCGCCACUUUCUGUAGAUAUCUUUAGGAUACUAAACCGGUUGAUCUUAAAAAUUUCGAUGAGGUAGUUGCAUUUGGUGCUUUCAGCUGGUUUACGAAACGCAAAUAGGAUAGGAACGUAUGAGAUGAUUUCCGACAAGAGACAUUCACAAAACAAAACGCUAAAAUAAAGAUGUAAUGUUACCAAGUCAGCUGCAAACCUGAAUAAAAUAAAAGAGUUAUUUUAUAAUUGUACCA